CUGCUGCAACUCUCUGCGAGUCUGACUGAGUAGAGGAGCAUGAGAAACACUAGAUGAGAGGAACAGACUGCACGAAGCAUACAAGUGUUGGGGCCCGGGAAAGGAUUGCACUUUGCAAGAAUUAGAACCAGCCAUGUGCUUACUUCCGGUAUUUGCAGGAAGUCUCAUCAACACAAAACAACUGCAUUUAGUGGAGUUCGUCAGAACCAGAGAGUUGUCUGAGCCUCCUAUAGCUACAAGAAUCAUGACGACAGAAGAGCAGCAACGACAACACACUUGGACAGGACAACCGUCAGAUAACCUGACCACCCUCACACAACUCACAGAGCACACUCUCCUCACAGCACUGCAGCAACGAUACCAAGGCGAUCAUAUCUACACGGAUGUUGGUGACAUCCUCAUCGCCGUUAAUCCCUUCCACCCUCUCCCCCUAUACACGGAGGACUGGUCUCAGGCCUACAGUCGACUGGAGGUCAACUCCCUAGCACCCCACAUCUUCAAGGUUGCCUCCAGGGCCUACAAUGCCAUGCUGAGUGAUCGUAAGGACCAGGUGUGUGUCAUUAGUGGAGAAAGUGGAGCUGGAAAAACAGAGUCGGCAAAAUUCAUAAUGCAUCAAGUGAUGUCCAUGUGCCGGUCAUCAGGGAUAGGGCAACAGCUGCAACACAAAAUCUCCCAGCUUAACCCGAUCCUCGAGGCCUUUGGGAAUGCCCAGACAUCGCUCAACGACAACUCGAGUCGGUUUGGCAAGUACGUGCAGUUGGUGUUUGAGCCCUCGGGGCGUAUAGUGGGGGCGGGACUGCAACAGUACCUGCUGGAGAAAUCAAGAGUCUGUGUACAAGGAGGAAAGGAGAGAAACUUUCACAUAUUUUACUACCUCUACGCUGGCCUGGCGUCCAAUCAAAAGGAGCGAUUUGGACUAAAGGAACCCACUUCCCACCGCUACCUCAGGUCAUACCCUAACCUGAUAGCUGACUGUAGCUCUGAGCAGAGCAGGGCGAUGUACGAGGUGGUGAUGGAGAGCAUGACGGCUGUGGGUUUCAGUGAGGAAGAGCUGGACUCUGUACUCACCAUCCUGGCAGGGAUACUGUUACUAGGGGACAUUGAGUUCAAAGGUGAUGAAACUGCCGAGGUCAGCACUCUUGCUGAAGCUGAGACAGCUGCUUCUCUACUGCAACUGGAGAGCUGUGAUGCUCUCUGCUUUGCACUCACCAAGCUUAGAACAGAAACAAGAGGAGAGGUAGUGGACAAAUGCUACUCUGUCACCAAGGCAGCUGACGUGAGGGAUGGACUGGCUAAAGCGCUGUAUGCUCGGCUAUUCCAAUGGAUAGUGUCACGGCUCAACGGCUAUCUGCAACCCUACCCUGACAAUGACCAGCUCACAAUGGGCAUUCUGGACAUCUUUGGAUUUGAGAAUUUUGAAGUGAAUAGUUUCGAACAGUUUUGCAUCAACCUGGCCAACGAGCAACUCCAGUGCUACUUCAACCAUCAGAUAUUCGCCAUGGAGAAGAUGGAGCUUGAGAGGGAAGGGCUGGAAGAACUGGACAUUAGCUUCACUGACAACAAACCUGUCCUCGAUCUAUUCCUCAGUAAACCUAUUGGACUCCUCUCUCUACUGAAUGACCAAUGCCGCGGCCUCAAUGGUUCAGAGAAAGCGUUUGUUCACAAGUGCAAAGAGAGCUUUGCGAAGCAUCCAAACUAUGCCCCUCACCGUGGCAACGCUCUGGUGUUCACUGUCAAGCAUUAUGCUGGAGACGUGGAGUACCGAGUGCAGGGCUUCCUGGAGAGGAACAAAGAUUCAUUACCAGACUCGGUGGUGGAGGCUGUGAAGGUAUCAUCUCUGAGGCUGGUACGCACUCUCUUCAUGAGACACUCGGAGCAGCCGGUCGGCUCACAGAUCAGGAAGACUGCUCUACCCAAAAGUCAACGUUCUGUGAUGAAGGCAUUGUCCAUGUCCAAGCGUCGCAAGUCCUCGGUUGGUCGCAAGCAAAGGGGUGGGGCCAAAAAGCUACUCACAGUCUCCGCCCACUUCCGUCAGAGUCUAGAGGACCUCAUGCAGCGACUGUGUGCAGCCACACCUCACUUUGUCCGCUGCCUCAAACCUAACCUAGAGAAGGUGCCAGGGAAGUGGACCAAAUCCUUCAUGCUCAAACAGCUUCAGUACACUGGGAUGCUGGAGGCAGUGCGUGUGAGGAGGGAGGGGUUUGCAUAUCGGCCAUUCUUCUCAACCUUCUUCAGUACCUACCGAUCUCUAGCCUACUACUUCACAGAUCAGAGCCACAAAGGUUGUGAGGUGGCGUGCCGUGAGAUCCUGACGAAGGCGGGGCUUGAGGACUGGAGGAUGGGCUCAUCUCGCGUGUUCCUACGCUACUACCAUCAGGAGAGGUUGCAGUUAUUGCUCAAGAGUUUGGAGGACAAAGCCACUCUCAUUCAGAGGAUUUAUCGUGGCUACCAUACCAGGAAAACGACGUCUGAAAUGAGGGAGAGGCAAAAACGAGAGAAGGAAAUGGUCUCAAAGUUCCUAACAGUGAUGAACAGACACUGCGAAGAUUGCUUCCCUGUGAUGGUGGCUUUGAACAGAACUGAUAAUCUACUGGCGCAUACGAGGUUCGCUCACCGUAGGGAAGAGGACACACCCCUCACACGCUUGGACAGUUACGCUGGACUGGAUACACAACAGAAGAACUUGAAGAAAGCAAAGAAAUUCGGGCUCAAAAUGAUGCCAAGUUUAAAAUUGACGAAUGGUUCUCCUUUGAAGUCCAAAAGUAAUGACAACAUUGCUCAAACUUUGUCUGAUUUUGAAAUAGAUGAAAUGAUUCCAGCCUCUCCCACUGAAGAAGCAAACACUCAGGAUAAACAAAAACCGCUUCAAAUUCAACCAGAUUCUGAGACUGUCCUUCGAUCACCGUCUCAUCUGCCCCCAGUACCAAGACCUCGUAGCAGACUCCCCUCCAAUUACGGGCUAGGUACAGAGGUCAACCAUCGCUCCCCCUCUCCCUGCCCUCCCCCCGUCCCCCAGCCACGUGGUCGGGUACGCUCCAACGGAAGCAGUGACACUGGGUCCACUGGCGAGGCUAUGAACAACAGUCCUAUACCAACACCUAGGAGACGUACUAAAUCCAAUGAACCAUUGUCACCAAAUCAGACCACUGCCACUGCAGACCAAACGCUGUUAUUCGAACAAAAUGAGGUCCCUCACUAUCAGCUACCAGUUGGAGUCUCCUCCGGCAACAAUCUAUCGACAACUGGCUCUUUUACUUCCCUUGAAGGAGAGAAACCGGUUCCAAAGCCACGGAAAUCCCCUACCGCCUCACCACGGCAUGAGAAGAUGAACGUACGAGCGGAGAUUCGAGUCCCUAUGUUGACUAGGGGAUCGGAUGAAGUGUCACUGGAUUUCUUCCCCCCGACCACCAGCUCUGAUAGACGAGGGUCACAUGACUCGACAGGGGAGAGUGUGCUCGACUUUAUUCCUAAUGAACGAUCACCGAGGCCUGAUGUGGUAUUGCCAGAUCAAGAGCUGACUGCAGAGGGUCUGUAUGCAAGAAGACCCAGCAUGGCCAGUAACCUGCUCAACCUUCGUCUGUUGGCCAACUCGUGCAGCAGUCUAGUGACUAGUGAGGACGGUUGUGAGACAAAGAGAUGGUCAGGAGUGAGCACUGGUUCUGACAAUAACCUGUCAGAGCAUCCACCACAGGCUGACAAACGCAAGGCUAAGAGAGGGUUUGGGUUUGGCACUGGGCGAAAACAGAAACGCAGAAGUCGUCUGGACAGCUGUACCUCAAGCACUGGAGGGAGUGUGAGUGAGCUUCGACAAAGCUCCGUGUCAUCAGAGAAUGGGGAGGGGGCGGAGUUCCUCGGGUUCUAUCCCUACCUGGACCAGAUGGCAGCAGAGGACUUCGUACUGGGACAGCCUCGAGGCACUUACGCUAUCUGCAGACUAGCAAGUAACGAGACCACACCCACUUGUCAUGCACUGGUGCUCUCGCUGGGUCGCUCAGUGACCACCACCCCUAUCCUCACUAACCACGCCCCCUCGGGGGAGGAGCAGUUCCACUUGAGCACACACUUGGAGCAGCCAUUCCCUCUCCUCAGAGACCUCGUCAAGCACUACAGGAGUCACGCAGUGUUGGAGGGUGUGUGUCUGUGUCAGCCACGCCUACUAGCUGGAGUGUACGUGCCCACCCACCAGAAACCCACCGUGACGCCACGGAAACGAGCCCCCGUCCCUCGAAAAAGACGAAAGUUUAGCAAACCAAUUGUAACUGAGAUACAGUCAGUAGCUUGAGAAAACUACUUUGUGUUCCAAGCACAAUAAUUAUGUAAUCACACUUUUCAUCAUCCAUCCAGUAGUUCAAUUUUCAUUGUUUCACAAUCACUCUCAGUGCAACAGCAUCAGUCAUGUAUAUAAUACAAUUAUUACACGCAAAAAUAAUAA